AUGCUAGAAAGGAUUUUACAAACCUUGCAGAGAGUAUUUCCCCAUGCCAAGCUUGCACUAAAGAAGGACCAGCAGCAAGGAAAUUAUGUGAUUGACAGUGAUGAGGAAUCACCAUCAAUCUCUGAAGAGAAACCGACUCGUAAAAUGCCUGAUCGCGAAAAGGCAGAAUUCUGCACAUUCAGCAGAAAUCCUCAUGACCAGCCAACAUCUUACAGGCCACGGUUCUUACUAAUCAAGAGCCAGGAUCUAGACAAGCUUCUGAUUUGGCAGCUGCAGUAAUAAAUUCCCUGGAAAAGUUUCCAAUGUAUUCACUAGAUACACCAGCUUUGUUUG